GACACACACAGACAUGCACAGACACACGCACUCACAUCUUAUGUAGCUUGGAUGCCAGACUGUUUCCAUGGCCUACACAGGCCGAGUGAGCUGGGUGUCUGGCAUCCAGGCUGCACCCUUUGGAAGCACCACCCGUCCCGAGGCCUGCGAUAGAGGCUACACUCCAUGUGACCUGUGGUAACCCGACUCGCGUGCAGUGCGGACUAGACAGGCAUGACAGCUCGUCAAUACAAGUCCAGGGAGUGGUCAGUAAAGUCGUAACCUACAGGUCAGACACUGCCGAGCAAAACAAGUGUUGGUGAAGACGACGGAGCCAAACUAGGCAUUACAGAGAGUGGGAAUUAUUAGACUUGACAUCAUAGAGAGCACUACAAAGGGAUCACAAAAUUCGUCUAUAGCUGGAUGUACAUCAAUCGAAGCGAAAUAUUGUAGACGGAACGACAAGGAGGUUAACUUCUCAACACAGGGAGUGGUCACUGAAGUAACUUAUAGGGCAGACAUUGUGGAAAUAGUUCAGUUUUUUAUAGGGAUUUUGUGGUCAACAGACUUCAGAUGAAGGUGGCAUUGGACAUGAUGUUUUCCACUUUGAUAGGACCGAUCUGUACCAUUCUGUUGGCGUUCGUCGUAACAGUUGACGCGGACGCAUACUGUUUAGAGCCGCUAGGUGUAGAGGCCGGGCUGAUACCGGACAGCCAGCUGACGGCCUCCUCUGUCACGCCUGGGUUCGAGGCUCGCUGGGGCAGGCUGAACGGGGAGAGGGCGUGGCAGAUGGACACAUUCGACCAAUCACAGUGGCUGGGGGUGGACCUGGGACGGGACUGGUCCGUGAGCGCUAUCCGUACCCAGGGCCUAGCACCAGGCUAUAUCGAGACCUACAGGGUUGUGUACCGGGGGAACGGUUCGACUGAGUUCACGGUGUAUACGGAGAACAGACAGGCAAAGAUCUUCACGGGGAAUAACGACGGGGAGACCGUUAACGAGCAGACCCUGUCCCGGCCCAUCUACGCACGGUACAUCCUCAUCAACCCGGUAACGUUCAGCAGUACACCGAGACUCAGGGUCGAGCUACUGGGGUGUGAAGACAUAAGAACUGAAACCACACCGGCGAUAUCAGCAGGGUGUUACGAUCCCCUGGGUCUAGAGGACGGCCGACUUCCUGGCGACAAACUCACGGCAACCUCCGAGACUGCCGACUUCUCGGCGUCCCGAGCGCGACUGAACGGGGACAGGGCGUGGCAGAUGGGGACCGUGGACAGGAGUCAGUACCUGGCCGUGGACCUAGGGGAAAAUCUAUAUGUGUCGGCGGUGAAGACCCAGGGACAGUACGGAGGACACGUCAAAGAGUACCGACUGGUGUAUCAGGUGGAGGGGUCAAGCACACUUAACCCUUACAUCGAGAACGGGACUGAGAGGAUGUUCUCAGGAAACAGCGACGGUAACACGAUAGUAGAACAACAGCUCGCCCAGCCUAUCUUUGCCCGGUACAUCCUCUUCAACCCGCGGGACUACUCAGCUAUACCCAGGAUGCGAGUGGAACUCUUUGGAUGUAAAGAAGCGCCAGCCGAAGCCACGCUUGUAUCCCCCACCAGAGAUGUACCGGUCACACCUAUAGCACCUGCAGUCUGUCCCAGGCCGCUAGGGUUGGAGGACGGGACCAUUGUAGACGAUCAGAUACGCGCAACAACCCAGGUGGCCGGGUUUGACGCGUUUAGCGCCCGUCUGAACGGCCCGAGCGCAUGGACCAUGGGUCUGGUCAACACCAACCAGUACCUGGCCGUGGACUUUGGGCGGGAUGUAAACGUCACAGGUAUCCAGACCCAGGGCCUGGGGGAGGGGCACAUCAAGACUUACCGGGUAGCCUACCAGCUGGAUGGUGCAGACCAGGUGCUACCGUACCUAGAGGGAGGGGCUGUCAGGGUGUUCACAGGGAACAGCGAUGGAGACUCUAUCGUCCAGCGGGACCUAGCCGAGCCCAUCGUCGCCAGGUAUGUUCUCAUCAACCCGCAGACUUUCACGGCCGUGCCGCGGCUCCGGCUGGAACUGCUGGGGUGUGAUAUCUGA